GGUGGAUCUUUCAUCAUAGAAAAUGGCAAGUGAUUGAGUGCCAAGUGGUUGCUAAAUAUUUUGAUUCCUAAUUUUUUAUUGUAUCUCUCUUUUAAAUCCUUAAAUUUGCCUUAAUUUAGUGCCGAGUCAUUAUAAAUAGUUAUUGGGUGCUGUUUAUAAAAUCGUUAUCGUAUUCAUGAUUUCACUAGAUAUUCAAAUAUGUCGGACAAUAAAAACAUCGACAAUCCAGGCGAAAAGGAGCAAUCUGAGGUCGAUUCAAAUUUAGCAGUGUCUCGAUGUGAUGUGGCAAGUAUUACGAGCAAAAGCAGCAUUAAUAAUUCUAAGCUGACGGCAGAAAGACAAAUUAAAUUUGAAAGAGCCCAAAGGUGUUUGGAAAAUGCUGCUCUGGUAUCUAAAAGGAUAAAAGAGCAUAGAAAGGCCACAGCUGAACUGUUGGGCCGGCCUUAUGAAGAUGAUAAUGCAGACAAUCAAUCAGAAUUGGCAUCCACCAUGAGUGAAAAGACUGGAUAUUCUGUUGCAACAGAUACUUCCACUACGCUGUCUGUCCAAGAUGCACUUAACAUUCCAGGAAUAAGUGAAAGUUUAGCAAACACUUUGAAACAAAAAGAGAUAUUAAUGCAAAGGAUCAAGCAAUACAAAGAGAUAAGCAAGAGGCCGAGCAAGAUGGUACCUCUUGUUAAAAAGGAAUUAACUCAUGAAAGUUCAGAAUUGAGAAAGAGUUCUGACAAAGAAAUUAACAAAUUAAUGAACAUUGUGAAAGACAAAGAAAAUGCUCUAAGUAUUGUGCAAGAUAAAAUGAAGGCUAUGGAGACAACUAUUCUGGACAUGCAGGAAAAGCUUAAUGAAAAAGACCAGAUCAUUGAAGCAAAAAAUAAAGCAACUACUAUUAUAUCAGAUAGUUUAACAAAAAAAGAAAAAGAUGCAAUGGAGAUAUUGGACGAUACUAAAGAGCAGAUGAUUAAAAUGCAGAAUGACUUUGUUGCAAUGGAAGCCGAAUGGAAAGAGGAAAAGAUGAAACUGUUGGCUGACAUAGAAGCCAAAGAUGAUCAACUGAAAAGUCUUAAAGAAGCCAACGCUAUUCUUGAAAAUUCGCGAUUUGAAAUUAGUUUGGCCAAUUCAAGAUUAUCGGAAGAGCUCGAGUCGAAGGUGAAAGAGGUUCUAGAAUUACAGGGCAAGUUGAGUGAAAUGACCAAAGUCUAUGUCAAAGAUGAACCGGUACAACAGUCUGAGGAAGAAAAAGGCUCAAUAGAAAUAGCCGAUAUGACAGAACUGACGAGAAAAAUAGAAGUAUUGGAGCAAUUGAAUUUUGAAAUCAGGCAGACUAAUAAAGAACUAGAAAUUCAACUCGCUUCAAUAAGUAAAGAAGCAAAAUCACCCCUGACUAUUUCACCUUCUAAAAAAGCGAGUCCUGUACCGACACGAAAAGGCAGAAAUACUGCUUCUAAAAUGAAAUCGCCUUGGAGUAAACUUUCGGCGGAAGCCCUCAAUCAAGAUCCCGAAAAGAAGACGACAAAGUCAGACAUUCCCAAAUCAGAAACGAUCGUACAAGCGCUCAGUAAGGAUUUAUUGGAGAAGGACUACAUUAUAUCGCAAAAAGAUACGAUCAUUCGCGAAUUGACUUCCUCUAAUGACCGUAAGGAAAUCGUCAUCGACGAAUUGAAGUCGGAGCUCUUAUCACAAAAAAAGCCAGUUUUCGAAAAAGUUGAUGUAGGUAUAGAAACGGAAAAAUCGGACCUUCGCUGUGAAACUAAAGAUACGACGCGUGUCGACGGGAGCCCGGAGGAGAGAUUGAACGCGGCUCAGGAACAAAUCGCAUUGUUGACUGAGGAGAUAGAUUCGGCAAAUAAGAAUAUGAUCAAAGUUAAGGCCAAUUGCAAGUCAAAACUUAAACAAAUGCAGAAGACGAUCGACAAGUUCGGUUCGGUGUCCGAUGCGAACGCCGAGAUCGUCCGUCUGAAUGAAGAAAUUCACCAACUCUCGCAGAAAGUGGCCGAGCUGGAGGAGGAGAAAGGCAACUUGCAAUUGCACCUGGUGGAUUACGAUAGCGGAAGGCUUACCGACACAGACAUAUACAAGAAGAUGGUAGAGAUGGAGAAUUUAGCCGAAGCCAGGUUGAAAUCAAUAAGUUUGCUCGAGACUCAAAAGUUUGAUUUAGUUCAAGAGUUACACAUAUUACAACAGAAAAAUGCAGAAAUGGAGGAUAAAAUUGCGGAUAUAUGUCAACUUGAAAACGAACAAGUCUGCUCUGAAAUAAAAUCGGUCCAAUUAGAAGAGCAAAUCGAUGGACUUGUCGCUGCCAAGAAAGAACUGGAGUUGGUCGUCGAAAACCUGAAACUGGACAAAGAGCAAGUAGAGAGAAACAUUGACUCGCUUAAGACUGAAAAGGAAGAGCUAUUGCAGAAGUUAGAGCAUUAUGUCCAAGAAAAUAUAGAUUUAACUGACAAAUUAGAAAAACUAAGCGCCGAAAAAGUAAGCUCAGCGGAAUCGAUCGAGAUCGUCGAAUCGUUAACUACACAAGAGAAGCUAGAAAUAGAAGAAUACAAUAAAGGAAUUCAAUCAGAGAAAGCGGACGAUAACAAUUUUGAGUCUACUGAGCCACCACUCGGUUCAGAAAGUGUUGCCAAACUUAUGCAAGAAAAUGAAGAACUAAAGAGCAAAAUUGAAUUAUUUUCGCAAGAGAGACAAGAAGUUAUGGAAAAAAUGAAUACUAUAUGUACAGAAAAUAUUACAAUUCAUAAGAACAUCGAAGACUUAGAAAACCGAUGUCGUAAUUUGCAGACAAAUAUCGACCAGUUAAGUUUUGAAAAAGCAGAACUUCUUGAUCUGAAUAAAGAAUUAAACUCUCAAAUAGAAGAGUUGAAAAAUCAACGGCUCGACAUAGUCAAGGAAGCCGCCGAAGUUAAACUUAUCGCAGCCGAAGACACGGUUGAUAAUCCUCUCGAAAUUCACCAAGACGAUAAAGCCGUGGGCGACAAAGCCUCGAAAGGAGCGAAAUCUGUGAAACAGUUGACAAAAGAAAUAUUGAAAUUAAAAAAUAUCAUUAAAGAGAGAGAGGACGACAUAGCAGAUUGUCAAAUGAAGAUAUUAUCGCUAGAAGAAAGCCAAGAAAAACAGAGUGAGUUAACGCAAAGUAAUGCAGCAUAUGAAGUUAAAAUCAAACAACUGUCAGAAGAAAAUAAAUACCUUAAGAUACAAAAUGAUACCAUGAUGAAUGACAAAAUUGAACAAACACACCUCAAGGACACGAUCGAGCCUUUGCAACAGGAAAUCCAACGCCUCCAAAGAGAAUUUAGUGCCGCUGUCAAUUCUCGGGAUGCAAAAGUUCAGGAAUUAGAGAAUUUGUUGGGCGAAUAUGAGAAACAAAUAUUUAAUUACAGUAAUACAUUACAGCAAAAAGAUAAAGAUAUCAACGAAUAUGUCAAUCAAGUUACUAAACUAAAUGACAUCUCUCAGAAACUCAAAUCGAGAAUAGAACUUUUCGAAGAGGAAAAAGCGAAUGAUCAAAAUGUGGAACUGAUUCAAUCUUUAAACCAACAAAUAUUACUUUAUCAAAAUGCGUUGUCCGAAUGCGAAGAAAAGUUACGAACUCUGGAAGAAGAAAAGGCUCAAUUGGCAUCUAUAAAGUCUAAACUCGAGAACAAACAUGUAUUGCUCGACUCGGAGCUCUCGAAAUUAAAAGAAACUCAUAAUGAGAACCAAAAAUUAAUUGACGAGUUAAAACGGCAACAACAAAAGCAUAGAGAAGAGUGGGCCGAAGUUAUGUUGCAGGCGAAAGACCGAGAUGAAGAAAUCCAUGAAAUAAAAUUGCAACUUAGAAAAGAGUCCAUUGAAAAUGAAAAGCUUAGAACAAUGUUACAGCAAAAAGAACACGACUUCUCUGAGCUAAUGACCGAACGUGAAGAACUAAAGAAGAAACUAGAAAUAAUUUCUCACGAAGAGACAUCUAAAAGUGACUUAACGGCAUUAGAAAAUAAAAAUAAGGAAUUAAUCGAAAAAUUGAAAAAAUUUGCUUUAAGCAUCAAGAAAAAAACUGCUAUGUAUUCCGAUUUAGAGAAUCAGUUUAACGAUAUGCAAAAACAACUUGAAAUUAAAUCUGAACAGUACGAACAAGCGAUGAUACAAGUCGAAACUGUUCCAGCAUUACAAGACAAGUUAAAGUAUGCAAACGAAGAACUCAAUAGAAUUUUAACUGAAAGGAAUAUUCUCGAAGAUAAUCUUCUCAGUGCGCGGUCAGAAUUGGCAUCUUUACAAAAAAAAUAUGAUGAUGCUCAAGAGGAAAUCAUAAAAUUAAACGAUUCCUUAAAUACCAUCAAUAUUGAAGCAAAACUUAAUCGAGACGAAAAUGUGACCUUAAAUUUGAACAUGGAAAGUCUAACGAAUAAACUUGUAGAGUAUGAAAUAGAACUGAAAAAUAACUCAAAUCUACUGACUAAAAUAACCUGUUUAGAGUCUGAAAUCGAUCAAAAGCAAAUGCAAAUAGCCAAUCUAACCACGGAACUCCAUAGUAAGGAUCAAAACAUAAAUCAAUUGCAAUUCGGACUUGACGCGAAGGUUCAGGAGCGAGAUAUGUAUAUUGAAAAUUUGCAGUCUGAAUUAGAUAAAUAUAAAAACCGUAUUUAUCGUCUUGAAGAAAGUAUUUCUGUGAUGGAAAAUAGACGACAAUCUUUAGAGAGAAAAGCGGAUCAACUGGACAUGCAAUUACAAGAAAAACAAAAAUCUUACAGCGAUUACACAGUCCAAGAAGAUGAGUUGAUUACACGUUUAGCCGCUUUAAUGGAUCACGAUAGGGUUCUUGAAAAAGAGAUGCAUGAAAUAGAAAAUGACAAUAAAAACCUACAAUAUAAAAUACACGACAUAAAUGAAGAGUUCUUGAAGUUGCAGAAAAAUAAUUCAGAGUUACAACAGUAUUGUUCUAAUUUGGAAAACCAAACGGCUAAAGUAGAGUCAUUAGAGGCUGAAAAUAGUUCAUUCCAACAAAAAAUUGAAAAUCUUGAAUCUAAUUUGAAAAAAUUACACAAUGAACAUCAACAAUUGUUAGCUCAAAGGAAAAUGGAAAUGGACGACGUGGAAGCAGAAUUUAAUACCCAAAUUGAAGCAGCCAUAAAAGAAAAGAAACAUCUCAGUGAAAACGUUGAAAAAUUAAAUGAGCACAUUCAAAGAUUAGAAAGUGAAAUUCAUGAUUAUAGGAUAACAAUUGAAAACCUACACAUCAAUCUUGAAGAACUAUCAACACAAAAUUCAAAACUGAAGGAACAAUCGUCAAACAAAAAUCCCGAAAGUCCAGAUUAUACUGAACAAUAUAUAAGUGAAAUCAAUAGAUUAAACUCCGUCAUUAAUAGUAAAAAUAGUCAAAUUACCGAAGAAAUAGAUAAAAUACAGACAUUGCAAGCCCAUAAUCACUCUUUGAAAUGCACAGCAGAAAACAAUAUCGCACAGCUUUCUGCAAAGCUUCAAGAAUCAUUUCAACAGCUGCAAGACUUGUCGCAAGAAAAUGAAUCGCUAAAGAGCAACAUUCGUGAGCUUAAUAUUUUAAUUACCCAAAAAGAAGAUCAAAUCAAGCAGUUGAUUGAAAAGAAAAAAUUAGUUUUUGAGAUGAAUAUACCUAAAACAGAAGGAAUGACAAUAUCGUCAACUAUUGAAGAGUUAAGCGGCGAACAAAAAUCUUUGUCAGUGCUGCAAUCUCAGAUACUGUCAGAUGCUGAAAUAAACUAUGAAGAAAUCAAUACAUUCAAAAAAGUUGACGCAACUAACUCUGAAAAGCCAACUCAACAAUCGGAGGGUUCUGUAGAACCUUUGAUUGUCUCAAAGAAAGCUUACAUUUGCUCCAAUCCUGGCGAUAGUAAAGAAGUGGAUCCAUUUAAUUCAGAUGAAGGCUGGGGCCUGGGAGAGAGCGAAGAGAUAUACGAUGUUACUCCAGGCGUUACACAAUUAAAUCAGGAAAUAAAACAACUCCAGGAUAAUAAUGAUAGGUUAAAGAAAGAACUUGACGCCUCUAAUAAUAAAUUAUUAAGGGCUAUUAAAAAAUUAAAAGAACUUAAAAAUGCGAACGAUAUGUUGGCCAAUGAAUUAAAAAUAUCAAAACAGAUAUCUAACUCAUCGAUGUUAGAUAUGGCUAUUGAGAGUGAGUUAUCUAGCAAUCUUGAGAUGUUGGAGAAAAAAGUACAAGAACUUACCGACACUAUUAAUAAGGAGAAAAAAGACAAAGAAACGCUCACUAAACAGAAUGAAGUCCUAAAGAAUGCAAAUGAUAGAUUAAUAGAGUUGAAAGAGAAAAUGGACAAUGAAUUGGAACUGUGGAAGUAUAAUUUUAAACAAGCAAAUGACAAAAUAUCUUUAAAUCAACAACAUCACUCUGAAGUUCAGCAUGAAAAUGUUCAGACUUCAAAAAUAGAUUCAAAACUUGAAGAGGACAUAUUAAAACUUGAGAAAGAAAACGAUGAGUUGCAAGGGCUUCUUGACGCUGUUAAAAGUGAAAAAGAAGAACUGUCAGGUGAAAUUACUAUGUUGAACAAAGAAGUGAUAACGCUUCGUCAAAAAUGUUUGGAAAAUGACGAUCGUGACUUACUUAAAAAACAAAUAGAGGAUCUUAUCAAUACAAAUAAUGAUCUAUCUGUCACGUCUCAAAAAUUACAUUGUGAUAUUUCGGCCUCAGAAGAUCGUUACCUGCAAUUAGUAAAUAUUAACGAAGAUUUAAAGGCUUCUUGUAAAGAAGCCGAAAAUGAUAAAUUAGACUUGAUAAAAAAAUAUACAUUUAUGGAAACUGAAAGUGUAGCUCUUAAAUCUCAGAAUCAAGAAUAUUUAAAGGAAAUAAAGUCUUUAAGAGAAACUCUUGAAGCUUUACAGUUGGAACUAUUACAGGAAAAACAAAAUCUGGAACAAGUACGGAAAAAUAUUACACUUUCCGACAGAAAUGAUAUAAUUGAAAAAGAAUGCGAAAGUUUAAAAGCUCAAUUAGAGGAAGUAAAAAGUCGCAAUGAAAGCAUAGAACUUGAAAAAAACUCUAAAACAGAGAGUAAUCAUGGUCAAAUAAUUGAACUUAAAUCGAAAAUUGACAAGUUGAAUUUAGAAAACGAUCAACUAUUAUCAACGGUCACCGAGUUACGGUCGUCAGUAUCGACUGCUAUGGAUCAAAGGGGAUUUGAAAUAGCGGAACUGUGGAAGCAACAUUUAGCACAAAGGGAAAGCGAAUUCCAAUCUAAUGAACAAGAUUUGAGAAUGCAAUUAAAUGCCUCUGAGAGUAAAUACGAGCAACUUCUUGAGAGCGUACAGUCAUCCACACAGGAGGAAACAAAUAAGAUCUUAAUAUUAGAACAAGUUACAUCCCUACAAAAUAAAUUACAAGAGAAAGAAAUACAAUUAAAUAAUUUACAAAUUAAAUUCGAAGAUGUCAUGCACCAACUGGAUAUAUUGCGAUCUGAAAUGGAAGAUGAAAAAAUGAUACAUGAAAACAAACUUUUAGUACAACAAGAGGAAUACGAAAAGAUCAUAACUGACAUGAGGAGCGAAAGUGAGAAACACGACGAAGACACGACUGUCAACGCUCUUCAAAUUGAGUUGGUGGCUACGAGAUCCGUCAACGAGAGUUUGAAUCAACGCAUAGAAGAACUUAAAUAUAGUUAUGAAUCAAGAAUAUCGGAACUGGGUAAAGCUCUUCAGCAAAAAGAAAGUGAAAUCUUCCAAAAAACGCACGACUAUACAAUUAGUCUCGCUGAUAGAAAUAACGAAUUUGAAUUUGUGCGAAAACAACUCUUGGAAUAUGAAAGAAAAAUUGAGGACUUAACUUAUGAAAAGGAGUCUGAACUGGCAGUUCUUAGGUUGAAGAUGCACGAAAACACCGAACAUUAUCAGAAAUUACGUACAGAAUCAGAUGAGGAAAAAGUUAAAUUAUCUGAAACGCUAAAUGAAAAGAUUAUCGAAUGCACAAACCUCAAUAAACGAAUAGUUGAUUUGAAUAAAAUAUUAGAAGAAUACGCAAACAAAGCGGCUGAAACUCAACUAGUCUUGGAAAGUCAGGAGUUAGAGAUUGUAACGCUCAAAGAUGAAAUCGAAAGCAUGAAGACGACACUGCGAGCCGCCUCUACGAGAAUAGAGAAACACGUUACUUUUGCUUCCGACACUAAAGACUCUAGCGAUCGCGAAACAACGAUGAAUAACGAGUUACUAGAUGCGGUCCCGAGAGCAGAGUUAGAUUUGGCUCUGUACAUGCUUCACCAAAGAGACGUACGCUGCGAAGAACUGACGAUGGAAUUGACUCAACUGUUGGAGGAAAGAGAUACAUUACAACUGCGUCUGUCCGACAGUUUGCGUUCUUACGAAGAACUCAAGUCGCAUCACGGGUCUGUCGGCCUCGAUAAUUCGAUCGACCUAAGGGAAGAUACAAUAUCUGAACUGCCCAGCUUUAGUAUAGAAAAGGAAUCCCAAUUCGCCGACGUACAUCGUGCGCAAACAUCUAGGAGUAGUAGUAUCUGUGAGUCCGACGGAGACAAACCGAAACUACAAGCCAAGCUGUCCGAGCUGCGCAGCGUGAAGCACAGUCGCGACGUGCGCCUCCGACACGAAAGCGAGCAGCGGCAGCUCGGUCUGAGGCUCUUGCAGCAGGACGUUGCCAAUCUGCCUCCUCAGGCAAGAGAGCAACUGAACCAGGCUCAACAUACCCUCUCCCGUGACUCUCAAAGCACUCCCACGGUGCUUCUGAACUGGCUCCGAGGGAAAAGCACUCCAAAAGUUGUUCAUAUGUAAGGGAAUGUUAUGUAGUUUGUAGGCAAACAUAGAAGCGAUCCGAAUGACAUUAAUCAAAAUACAAUUUCACCAAAUAUUGUGUUAUUUCCUGCAAAAAUCCAAAUUCAUGAUUAUUUUGAAUAGCUGUUUAGAAAUUGUUGCACUUGCACUCGGCACAAUUCGAUUGAGUUUGCGAGACAAACUUUUCAUUGUGGAUCACUUGCCACCGAAACGUAAAAUUGUAACGACACGUCUUCUUAGAGAAUAAUUUUAACCACAACAUUUUAAAUCGUGCUAUUUUACUUCAGCUGUUAUUUCUAAUUAUAAAACGCAAUAUUAUAAUAUAUGCAAAUAUCACGAACGAACGACCUCGUAUGUAUUAUAAAUGCAUCAUUUGACCAAAAUUUAAAAUGGUGCUUUUCAUUGACUGCUAAGAAAUGUUACGAUUUUUUUGUAAGUUAUAUAAAUUUCUAUAAUUUGAUGUAUUGGGAGCUUCCACGUUACGCUGCCAUGUUUAUGUAUAUAUAUAUAUAUAUAUAUUUACCACAUUGUAUGGUCACUAAUGUGAAUCUGCAGCAUUUGUAUAUUUAAUUGUAAAAUAUUCUGAAUAAAUUAUAAUUUAAA